GGUCACACUGGAACUUCCAACGUCUACACAAAAGACGCCAUCUUGAUUGGGGUGUCAAAAUUGAUCUGUCAGUGUCCGAAUUGUGUUUUACUGCUGUUUGGGAGGUCGAAAAAAUCGAUACAAAGGUGGAAAAAGUGAUAAAAUCGUGGGGGGAUUUUGAAGCCUGAAAGGCGAGAUUUUCAGUUUUAGUUUUUUCAGCGCGAAGCGGCAAAAUGUCGACGCAAUUGUUGCCGAUAAAGUUUCAGGAACAUCUACAGCUAACUUCAGUUGGCAUAAAUGUUGCCAACAUCUCUUUCGCAACUCUUACGAUGGAGAGUGACAAAUUUAUCUGCGUGCGAGAAAAAGUUGGUGACACUUCUCAGGUGGUCAUAAUCGAUAUGGCUGAUUCGGGGAAUCCCAUACGAAGGCCCAUCACGGCCGAAAGCGCCAUAAUGAACCCGGCAUCUAAGGUUAUCGCCCUUAAAGGUAAAGCUGGUGCGGAAGCUCUAAAAACCCUUCAAAUUUUCAACAUCGAAAUGAAGUCUAAAAUGAAGGCGCACACCAUGGCCGAUGACGUCAUUUUUUGGAAGUGGAUAAGUCCAAACACGUUGGCUUUGGUAACGGAAACCUCGGUUUUCCAUUGGUCGAUGGAAGGAGACUCCACCCCUGUUAAAAUGUUUGACAGACAUUCCUCGCUGAACGGCUGUCAAAUAAUCAACUACCGCACCGAUCCCAAGCAAAACUGGUUGCUUUUGGUUGGCAUCAGUGCGCAGCAAAGCCGAGUUGUCGGCGCUAUGCAGCUAUACUCCGUCGAAAGAAAAUGUUCGCAACCGAUCGAAGGUCACGCAGCGUCUUUCGCCACCUUCAAAAUGGAGGGCAACCCGGAACCGUCGACGUUGUUUUGUUUCGCCGUCAGGACCGCCCAGGGCGGCAAACUUCACAUCAUUGAAGUUGGUCAAAGUCCGGCAGGCAACCAACCUUUCCCGAAAAAAACCGUGGACGUUUUUUUCCCGCCGGAAGCCCAAAACGACUUUCCCGUGGCAAUGCAGGUUUCCACAAAAUACGACGUUAUUUAUUUGAUAACCAAAUACGGUUAUAUCCACAUGUACGAUAUCGAAAGUGCUACGUGCAUUUACAUGAACAGAAUUUCCAGCGAAACCAUUUUUGUCACUGCGCCGCAUGAAUCUACAGGGGGAAUCAUUGGUGUCAACAGAAAAGGGCAGGUUCUGUCGGUUUCCGUGGACGAAGACGCUAUUAUUCGUUACGUAAACACGGUCCUGCACAACCCCGAUUUGGCCCUACGUAUCGCCACCAGAAACAAUUUGGCCGGCGCUGAGGAACUCUUUGUAAACAAGUUCCAGAUCUUGUUUCAGAACGGACAGUACGCUGAAGCAGCUAGAGUGGCCGCUAAUGCCCCUAAAGGAAUUUUGAGAACCCCCACCACAAUCCAAAUGUUCCAAAACGUGCCUACACAGGCUGGACAGAACAGUCCCCUGUUGCAAUACUUCGGCAUUUUAUUGGACCAGGGUCAACUUAAUAGAUACGAGUCCCUGGAACUUUGCAAGCCGGUUCUGCUGCAAGGAAGAAAACAACUGCUGGAGAAAUGGCUCAAAGAAGAGAAACUCGAAUGUUCCGAAGAAUUGGGUGAUUUGGUGAAGCAGGCCGAUCCGACGUUGGCUCUGUCGGUGUAUUUGCGCGCCAACGUGCCAGCCAAGGUGAUACAAUCGUUUGCGGAAACCGGACAAUUCCAGAAGAUCGUUUUAUACGCGAAGAAAGUUUCGUACACUCCGGAUUACAUCUUUUUACUGAGACAAGUAAUGCGCACCAAUCCCGAUCAAGGUGCAGCUUUCGCUGGAAUGCUAGUAGCGGACGAGGAACCUCUAGCCGAUAUAAAUCAAAUCGUCGACAUUUUUAUGGAACAAAACAUGGUGCAGCAGUGCACUGCCUUCCUAUUGGACGCGUUAAAAAACAAUAGGCCCACUGAAGGUCACUUACAGACUAGGUUGUUGGAGAUGAACUUGAUGAGCGCUCCACAGGUUGCCGACGCCAUUUUGGGCAACAACAUGUUCACGCACUACGAUAGAGCUCACAUCGCUCAACUUUGCGAGAAAGCUGGACUUUUGCAAAGAGCUUUGGAACACUACACCGAUUUGUACGACAUUAAAAGGGCUGUAGUUCAUACACAUUUAUUACCGCCAGAGUGGUUGGUUAGUUUCUUCGGAACACUCAGUGUUGAGGAUAGCUUGGAGUGUUUGAAAGCCAUGUUGACCGCCAACAUAAGGCAGAACUUGCAGAUUUGCGUUCAAAUAGCGACAAAGUAUCACGAACAGUUGACCACGAAAUCUCUGAUAGAUUUGUUCGAGAGUUUCAAGAGUUACGAGGGGUUAUUUUACUUCCUUGGAAGUAUAGUGAACUUCUCUCAAGAUCAGGAGGUUCAUUUUAAGUACAUACAAGCUGCCUGUAAGACAGGACAAAUCAAGGAGGUGGAGAGAAUUUGUAGAGAGUCCAAUUGUUACAGUCCAGAUCGAGUUAAAAACUUUUUGAAGGAGGCAAAGUUAACCGAUCAGUUACCUCUGAUAAUAGUCUGCGACAGAUUCGAUUUCGUCCAUGAUUUGGUGCUCUACCUCUACAGAAACUCUCUACAGAAGUACAUAGAGAUCUACGUGCAAAAAGUCAACCCCAGUCGUCUACCAGUAGUUGUAGGCGGACUUCUAGACGUAGACUGUUCGGAAGACAUAAUCAAAAACCUAAUUCUCGUGGUACGAGGUCAAUUUUCCACCGACGAGUUGGUAGAAGAGGUCGAAAAAAGAAACCGUCUCAAACUGCUUCUACCGUGGCUGGAAAGCCGCGUUCACGAGGGCUGCGUAGAACCAGCCACUCACAAUGCUUUGGCCAAAAUCUACAUCGAUUCAAAUAAUAACGCUGAAAGAUUCUUGAAGGAGAACCAAUGGUACGACUCUAGAGUGGUGGGUCGCUAUUGCGAAAAGCGCGACCCCCAUCUAGCGUGCGUUGCCUACGAGCGCGGCCAAUGCGAUAGAGAGUUGAUCGCGGUUUGCAACGAAAAUUCUCUGUUCAAAUCCGAGGCUAGAUAUUUGGUGCGCAGGCGCGAAUCCGAGUUAUGGGCCGAGGUUUUGCAAGAAAGCAACCCAUACAGGCGUCAACUUAUUGAUCAGGUGGUUCAGACCGCCCUCAGCGAGACUCAGGAUCCUGAGGAUAUUUCCGUAACCGUUAAGGCUUUUAUGACGGCCGAUCUACCCAAUGAGCUUAUCGAGUUACUGGAAAAGAUCGUGCUGGAUAGUUCUGUGUUUUCCGAUCACAGAAAUUUGCAGAAUUUGUUGAUUUUAACAGCUAUAAAAGCAGAUGCUACUCGCGUUAUGGACUACAUAAACCGUUUGGAUAACUACGAUGCUCCGGAUAUUGCAAAUAUCGCCAUUAACAAUCAAUUGUACGAAGAAGCGUUCGCUAUUUUCAAGAAAUUCGACGUAAACACAUCGGCCAUUCAAGUUUUGAUCGAUCAAGUUAAUAAUUUGGACCGUGCCUACGAGUUCGCGGAAAGAUGCAACGAACCGGCCGUGUGGUCUCAGUUGGCUAAAGCUCAACUCAACCAAGGUUUGGUGAAGGAAGCGAUCGAUUCGUACAUCAAAGCCGACGAUCCUUCGGCUUACAUGGACGUCGUCGAAACGGCCACCAAAAACAACAGCUGGGAAGAUUUAGUUAGAUACUUGCAGAUGGCGCGCAAGAAAGCCAGAGAGAGUUACAUCGAGUCCGAGUUAAUUUAUUCCUACGCCAAAACCGGCCGUUCAGCUGAUUUAGAGGAGUUUAUAAGCGGUCCCAAUCAUGCUGACAUUCAAAAAAUCGGUGAUAGGUGCUUCGAAGACAAAAUGUACGAUGCCGCCAAACUUUUGUACAACAACGUGUCUAAUUUCGCGCGUUUGGCCAUCACUUUGGUGCACCUCAAAGAGUUCCAGGGUGCGGUAGAUAGCGCUAGAAAAGCCAACAGCACUCGCACUUGGAAAGAGGUUUGUUUCGCGUGCGUGGACGCAGAAGAGUUCCGAUUGGCUCAGAUGUGCGGUAUGCAUAUCGUAGUGCACGCCGAUGAGCUGCAGGAUUUGAUUAAUUACUACCAGGACAGAGGUUAUUUUGAGGAACUUAUUGGGCUCUUGGAGGCAGCUUUGGGUUUGGAGAGAGCCCAUAUGGGCAUGUUUACAGAACUCGCCAUUUUGUAUUCGAAAUACAAGCCUGCCAAAAUGCGCGAGCAUUUGGAGCUGUUCUGGAGCAGAGUUAACAUUCCCAAGGUUCUCAGGGCUGCCGAACAAGCCCACCUCUGGGCGGAAUUGGUCUUUUUGUACGACAAAUACGAGGAAUACGAUAACGCCGUUUUGGCCAUGAUGGCCCAUCCGACGGAGGCUUGGCGCGAAGGUCACUUCAAAGACAUUAUCACCAAAGUGGCCAACAUUGAGCUUUACUACAAGGCCAUUCAGUUUUACCUCGACUACAAGCCUCUGUUGCUGAACGAUUUGUUGCUGGUGUUGGCGCCGCGUAUGGAUCACACCAGAGCCGUUAGUUUCUUCACCAAGACCGGGCAUUUGCAGCUGGUGAAGUCGUACUUGAGAUCCGUGCAGAAUUUGAACAACAAAGCCAUCAACGAAGCGCUGAAUUCGUUGUUAAUCGAAGAGGAAGAUUUCCAGGGCUUAAGAACCUCAAUAGACGCGUUCGACAACUUCGACAACAUCGGUUUGGCGCAAAAGUUGGAGCGCCACGAACUGACGGAAUUCCGCCGCAUCGCUGCCUAUCUGUACAAAGGCAACAACCGCUGGAAGCAGAGUGUAGAAUUGUGCAAAAAAGAUAGACUGUUCAGGGACGCCAUGGAGUACGCUUCCGAAAGUCGCAGCCAGGAGCUGGCCGAAGAACUAUUAGCCUGGUUCUUGGAGAGAAAAGCCUACGACUGCUUCUCUGCGUGUUUAUAUCAGUGCUACGAUCUUUUGAGGCCAGACGUUAUCCUAGAAUUAGCCUGGAAACACAACAUAACAGAUUUCGCAAUGCCCUAUUUGAUACAAGUAACUAGGGAACUAACAUCGAAGGUGGAAAAACUGGAGUUAUCCGAUCAGCAAAGGCAAAGCGAAGCUGCUGAAGAAACCAACAAGCCUAUGAUGAUCCAGGAGCCGCAGUUGAUGUUAACUGCUGGCCCAGGAAUGGGUAUGCCUCCGCAACAGUAUGUCCCCCCGCAGGGCUACGCGCCCGCGGGGUAUGCCCCCCAGAUGCAGUACCAGGGGUACCAAGGAAUGUAAUCGGAAGAAAUUAGUUUUGCGCUUUAGUAAAGUUUUCAUAUAGUGAUUCGAACAAACCAUCCCGAGGUUCAAUGUUAUUCAAUUUAAAUUCAAAGAAACAACAUUUUUUUCUCCUCUCGUUUUGUAUCAUAGUUUUGAUCUAGACUUACGUCGUUUUAAAACGCCUUUAUUCAUGUAUGUAUACAGAGUGUUGAUGAAUAUAAAUAAAUAAAUAAAUAAAACAUCCCCCACAUUAAAAACACUUUGUAUAUAAAACAAAUUACGGUGUUGUUAGUUUAUUAAUUAUUAAGAAGUAAUACAAAAAACACUAUGAAAUUUUAUUAUUAAUGUAUACAAUUUUAUUUAAUUAGAUUUAUUUACCUUCUUUGAAAUUGUAUACAAAGCAAGAUUGUAUGUUAUGUGCAAGUCAUUCCUUUUUAUCUCUAAUUAUUAUUAUAUUAAUUAUUAUUAUUUAAUUAUAAUAUGUAUAUGCUGAAUAUAUAUUGAAAUUAUCAAUGUU